AUGAAUUCCUCUAAUAAUUCUUCUUUUAAUUUAUUUUCAACGGCAGAAUGUUUAUUUUCAAAUUUUUCCCAAUUAUUUCCAAAUACUUCUUUAGCUUCUCGUCUCUAUCAAAGAUUAGAUUUAACAAAUUUAAGAUUAAUUUUUUAUUUGACAACACCUUGGGAAUCAACUUUUGAUAAUAUUAAUGAUGUCCCCAAUUAUAAUGUUCAAGUUUCUGCCUGGUGGAUGGUGUUAAUAUUUUUAGAAUUUAUAAUUCUUACAAUUACUGGGCAUUCUGAUCGUUUUGCUUUAAAUGAUUCAAUUACUUCAGUCUGUGCCGGAAUGCUUUCCCAAUGUUUUAAAUUUGGAGGUCGUGCAAUUGCUAUUUUUGGUUAUAUUUGGAUUUGGGAGAAUUUUAGAAUAAUUGAAUUACCUUUAAAUAUUGCUUGGAUUUGGGGAAUUUGUUUAAUUACUCAAGAUUUUGUUUAUUAUUUGGGGCAUAGAGCAAUACACGAGGCCGGCGUUUUUUGGGGAUUACACACAAUUCACCAUUCCAGCCAAUAUUUUAAUUUAUCUACAGCACUUAGACAAGCUGCUAUACAGGCUUGA